GUCUUUGAAAACUCGACCAGACAUCUAACAGGAUUAAGGCCUAUAUAUUUGUUAGGAGACUCCCUUUACCAGCACUUCAAUUCAUAUAGAGCCCACUUGCUUGCCUUACGAUAUACAUAUAUAUCUCACUUCCACACAAAUGGAGCUCCCUGCAUCUGCAUACUCUGUAACCCUUUUGAUCUCAGUCCUUCAUGUUCAUGUGCUUGUCUUUUUCUGUGCAAGCAUCCUGUGCUUGCAAACUGCUGAUUGCCUCAGUAUGUUAGGAAAUGGGACCGACCGACUUGCUCUUUUGGAAUUCAAAGCCAAAAUAGGCAAUGAUCCAUAUGGCAUCUUAAGCUCGUGGAAUGAUUCUGUCAACUUCUGCAAAUGGCAAGGAGUUUCCUGCGCCCGCAAACAUCAGAGGGUUACAUCUCUGAACCUGCAAGGGCUGAGCCUGUCUGGAGCCAUAUCUCCGAGUGUAGGGAAUCUCACCUUCUUGAGGUUCCUCAACCUUGGUGCCAAUGAAUUCCGUGGUGAAAUUCCCCAAGAAAUUGGCCGCCUGUUUCGACUGAGACAUAUCAACCUGACAGAUAAUGCAUUGGAAGGAGAAAUUCCAAUCAACAUUAGCUACUGCUCAGAGUUAAAGAUUUUGCAUCUCUCUAGUAACAUCUUGGUAGGAAAAAUUCCUCCCGAGUUAGGCUCUUUAAAGAAGCUUGUAUCACUUGCGCUUUUUAAAAAUAAUCUCAUGGGAGAAAUCCCACAUUCCCUUGGGAACUUGUCUUCCCUCCAAGCUGUUUCUCUAGCAUAUAACAAACUGAAGGGAAAUAUUCCCAAUGAAUUGGGACGAUUAACAAGCUUAAUGUUUCUUUUAGUUACAAGCAACGAUCUGACUGGUACAGUGCCAUCUAGCAUAUACAAUAUCUCCUCCAUGACCAUGCUUUCUUUUGCAGUGAAUCAAAUCAAAGGCAGUGUUCCAGCAAAUAUAGGCCUGACUCUUCCCAACUUACAAGUAUUUGCAUACGGCCUGAACCAAUUCCAUGGAACCAUUCCACUAUCACUUGCUAAUGCUUCCCAGCUUGAAAUGUUUGACAUCUCUAGCAACUCUUUCACAGGAGAAGUUCCAACCAGUUUUGGAGAUUUGAAAAGUCUUCGACUCCUCAAUUUGGGACGCAAUUUCCUUGGAAAUAACACAAGUCAAGAUUUGAGUUUCGUAACAUCUUUGAGAAACUGCAGCAAUUUACAAAAACUACAUUUUGAUCACAAUAAUCUUGUUGGUGUAUUACCUAACAGCAUAAUUAAUAUAUCUUCCCUCAUUAGCCUUAAUCUAGAAAACAACCAAAUAUCCGGUAGAAUUCCAGCAGAGAUUGGGAAUCUUGCUAACUUUAAUGCAUUAGGCAUGGACCAAAAUCUUUUUUCUGGCAGCCUCCCUAUUUCUCUUGGAAAGAAUCAACGGAUGCAAAUGCUGUAUUUAAAUAAUAAUAAACUAUCCGGAGAAAUCCCUGCAUCCUUAGGUAACAUCAGCCAGUUAUAUCAUCUUGUAUUAGCCACAAACAAAUUAGAAGGGAAUAUACCAGCAAGUAUAGGUAACUGCACAAAUCUGCAUUUCGUAGAUCUAGCAGAAAAUAAACUGACUGGUACCAUACCCAAACAAAUCAUUGGCUUGUCUUCUCUAUCUUUGGUUCUUGACUUAUCUCAAAACUCAUUGAUAGGGCCCAUACCCCAAGAAGUUGGCAAACUCAAAAAUAUCGGUACAAUAGAUAUAUCAGGAAACAAAUUAUAUGGGGAGAUUCCUAAAGAAAUAGGUGAUUGUUCGAGCCUUGAAAUUCUUAACAUGCAGGCUAACUUCCUUCAAGGACCCAUUCCCUUAUCUAUCGCAUCCUUAAGAGGUCUACAAUCUUUAGACCUGUCAAGAAACAAACUGACAGGAAAACUUCCAAAGGAGCUGGAGAAACUUUUGUUCUUGCAGUAUUUGAAUCUCUCCUUUAAUAAUCUAAGUGGUGAAGUGCCAAGAACAGGAAUCUUUAACAAUUUAAGUGCAAUUUCUCUUGUUGGAAAUAAUAAUCUUUGUGGAGGUACCCCACAAUUGAAGCUUCCAGUAUGCCCCGGCAAACAAAAGAAACACAGGUCUCCCAUUGUCAUUAUCCUUGCCACAACCCUUAGUUCAGUAGCAUUUUUAGUGACAGUAACGUUCUCCUCUCUUUUCUACUGCCGAAAGUCAAGAAAGAGUCCACCUUCAACACCUCCGAUUGUGGAUAGGCUUCCUCGAAUUUCAUACAAGGAACUCUUGCAAGCAACUGGGGGAUUCUCUUCAGAGAACCUGAUUGGACAGGGUAGUUUUGGCCUGGUGUAUAGAGGAAGUCUUGAUCAGCAAGCAUACAGAUUAGUUGCUGUAAAGGUACUCAACCUUCAACAACGUCAAGCUUCCAAGAGCUUCAUUGCUGAGUGCAAAAUAUUGAGAAACUUAAGGCACCGGAAUCUGGUAAAGGUAUUGACAUACUGCUCGAGCAUUGAUUUUAAAGGUAACGAUUUCAAAGCUCUAGUGUUCGAUUUCAUGGCAAAUGGGAGCUUAGAAAUGUGGCUGCAUCCAAGAGAAAAUAAUGGUAAUGCUCAGUCAAGAAGUUCAAGAAGUUUAAACCUUCUGCAGAGACUUCAAAUUGCAAUUGACGUGGCUUCUGCACUGCAUCAUCUUCAUGACAAUUGUGAAGUACCAAUCAUUCACUGCGACUUGAAACCAAGCAAUAUUCUUCUUGAUGAUGACAUGACUGCUCAUGUUGGUGACUUUGGAUUAGCAAGGCUUUGGUCUGAAACUCAAAAUUCUUCCUCUCGAGGCCAAACCAGCUCAAUUGGGAUGAAGGGAACAAUUGGAUAUAUGGCUCCAGAGUAUGGAGUAGGCAAUGCAGCUACAACAUCUGGAGACACAUAUAGCUUUGGAAUAAUUUUGUUGGAGAUGUUCACAGGAAAGAGACCAACUGAUGAAGUGUUCACAAAUGGUUUGAGUCUCCACAGUUUUGUUAAAUCUAAGCUUCCAGGACGAGUCAAUCAAGUUUUGGACCCAAUACUUUUUACAGCUGGAGAUAUGGGGACAGCAACAAACAAUACCUAUGAAAAUGCGGGAGACGAGAUCCAGGAAAGUAUUGAAAAUUUGAGAGUAGAGGGUGGAAAUGUGGAAAAAUGUAUUGUAUCAGUACUUAAAAUUGGAGUGUCAUGCGCAGCAGAAUUACCAGAAGACCGAAUGAAAAUGAGGGAUGCCACAAGAAAACUAAAUGUCAUCAAAGAUGGAUUUCUUCGUGCCAGGAACCCUAGAGAUCAGAGAAGGGGAAAUUAAAAGUCCACUAAUUGCAUCGAGAGUUGAACUCAUGUGAGAAGAUUUCUCUUUGGUAUUGACCCUGUAAAUCCUAUUUUUAAGUUUAUUUUUCAAAUAAUUAAGUCCAAUUUAUUUUUUACAUUAAUAACAGUAUUUUAAACUAUA